AUGGGGUUGUUUGUCCUGUUUCUGUCGGUUCCUGGACAUCUGGCGGUUAUCUUGCACAAGCGGAGCAUCUAUGAGACUUCUUCCAAGCACUUCUGUCCAGCUGAUGUGGAGGUGAACGUGGCUGGAAGAUCCUUUCUGGUCACUGGUGCAAACAGUGGCACUGGCAAGGCCACAGCCAAAGCGGUAGUGAGGAGAGGUGGCACAGUUCAUCUGGUUUGCCGAAAUAUGGAGCGGGCUGAGACCGCCGAAGGAGAAAUAGUGACAGAAACAGGUAAUCAGAAUAUCUUCUUGCAUAUUGUGGGUAUAUCUCAUCCCAAGGAAAUCUGGAAGUUUGCUGAAAAAUUUAAAAAUGAACAUAAAUUUGUCUUACAGAGCAACAAUGCAGUAUAUAUGGUGAAUAAAGAGUUAACUGAAGAUGGACUUGAAAAAAACUUUGCAACAACCACUUUGGGUACCUAUGUUCUGACAACUGCCCUGCUGCCCCUCCUGGAAAAAGAAGCUGAUACCAGAGUGAUAACUGUCUCUUCUGGGGGCGUGCUAGUUCAAAAAUUAAACAUAUCUGACUUGCAAUUGGGAAAUGGGUCAUUUGGUGGAACUAUGGUGUAUGCACAAAAUAAGAGGCAGCGAGUUGUCUUGACAGAACAAUGGGCAGAAGCUCACAGAAACAUCCAUUUCUCUGUUAUGCAUCCUGGCUGGGCAGACACUCCAGCAGUGAGAUCAUCAAUCCCAGACUUCUAUCAGAAGAUGAAGAAUACCCUGCGCACAGAGACACAGGGAGCUGAUACUGUUGUAUGGUUGGCAGUAUCAUGGGAAGCCACAAAGUGACCAAGCGGCUUGUUCUUCCAAGACAGGCAACCAGUCCCUACACACUUAACACUGGCAAGCACCCACAGUUGACCAAAGGAUGAGGAGAAGCUAAUGGAGGUGCUGGAAAAGUUCUCCCUGAAGUUUAAAUCCAACUCUCCAAGAUCUUAGUGUCACCGCUGGUACAGUGUAACCACAAAGCUUCUAAUUACACAUUAACAGUACUGUAGUGCGCCUGCUGUUGAGGGAAGUAGGAUGCCAUAGGCCUGUUAAAAAUAAAUUGGGUUCAGGUGUUCUCAUCAUGGGGCAGAGUGGUGCCUGCAACAUUUUUUUUCUGCUGCCAAGAGUCUCUCCCAUUGUGAAUAUGCACCUGCUGUCUCAAGGUUGUGUUCUCUGAAUUGGAAGAAGAAUUGGGAGGCAUUAAAAUAAAACUCAAGGCUUUGUGAAGUUGCCCAAAAUAAUUUAAAACACUCAGCACAGAAAUGCAGAGGAGUGUAGCUUCAGUAGCCCUUGUGAUUGACUUCAGGAAAGAAGUAGUAAAUGUUUUAUACUGUGUUUGACAGGUUGGUGGCUUCCUUCACUGCAUGAGGGUGACUGGGCUCCAGCCUGUAACUGGGAAUGCAGAAGCUCUUGCACUGCAUGCUUAGUUUAAAUGGAAGGAUUCCUCACGGCCUUCAGUUUCUGUAAAUCAAUGCUGGUAUGCAGAAUUGAUCUGCUACCUCAUGUUUAAACAGCAAGAAUUUAGGAACACUGCCAAAUGCCUUCCACAUUACUUUAUGGAGCCAGGGCUGAAUAUUAUCCCAUUUAUGUCAAGCCACCACGAAGUAGGAGGUUUCAGCACAUACCACACCCAGACAUGGCUGAACCCAGCAGAGAAAUGGCUGUGUGACUCUAGACAUGAAAAGAAAUAACAUGCUAAGCUGUAUGUGCUUGCCAUUUCUGUGAAACAUAAAAGGGAAUUGCUUUAUCAUUAUUAAUGGGUUAAGAGGGGGAAGGGAACACUGUGGGACACAUGAUUUAGAGGAGUCAUCCACCUCCUGAUGAGAGGGUUGUUAUUUUGCCUGGAACUGUUUAUGUCCAGACACAGAGGAUGGGAUUUGUCUUACCUGACCUGUGGACAUUUAAAUUACUCAUUGGGAUUCUCACUGUAAAUCAGUAGAGAGAGAACAGGCCCUUUUCACCAUGAUUUAGUGGAUCUAGUUUAAGAAACACCAUCUACAUCUUUCUACUGAUGGUGAAGACAAUCCGCUCAGACUAAGACAUUCAGGUGGGAUUCAUUUUGUCUUACAUAUUUCAGAUUUACUGCAAAGCCAAGACUAUUAAUAACAAUAGCAGUAACACAUUUUCUCCUGAACUGAGUGUGUUUGAUAGCAAGCAGCGUACAGAACCCAACCAAGUUGCACUGCUGUUUUACACAUGGCUGCAGACUAGCGUGGUAGGACAAAAGACCUAGACACAAAUAUAACAAACAGAGGCCUUCUUGAGCUCUCUACAGUGACUAGUAGCUAAAGGCCAUGCUGCUGGGCAAUGGAGAACUUGUUAUGUCUGCUUUACAUAAUUUAGUUUCCCAAAUGAUAUACUACUGGCUGAUGGCAUUUACUCAUUAUUCAGACAUCCUAUUAAGUGUCAGUUUACAAAAAAAACCUUCUCUCUUCAGCCUAUUGUCAGUCUCCUUGGAAAUAAAAGCUUUACUGUCAGAGAGACCCUGAAAUAAGUUUUCCCAUGAUAAGCAGUGCUGAGACAAGUCAGGCUGCCACAGCUCUUCCUGAAGAGGCUGGAUCAGCAUUCAAACUAUAGCUUAAUUUUAGAAACUUAACUUCUCGCAUUGCAGUGAAAGAAAACAACAGCAAGGCUUGUACAGAUGUUUAUUUCCUAGAAGCCUGGUAUUAACAUUUUACACAGUUCAAACUGUUAAAUACAGUUACUGAAAACAAGAGCACUGGCUGGAAGCACAUACAGUAACUACAUUUCUCAAACCAGUAGCUGCAAGGCUAACAUAAACAUUUGCAUACUUGAGUAUUUAAGUCAGGUUGCCUCUCAGCUCCGCAGUAGGGAAGAAAAGUUUAAUGACUGGUAUUUAAAUAGUUCAUAAAAAUAACUAAAAGUGCACAAUAUAUAUAUAUAUAUAACACAUAUAUUUUAGUCAACAUUCUGUACUGGUGUAUUUGAAUAGCCUAUAUUUUUCUUUUUAGUCAGAGUUUAAAAAUGAAGCCAAAGGUAUGAAAACUGCUUUAAUCGAAGUUUGGUCACAGUGAAAAAGAGCCAGAUAGUAUGGUUUAAGAGCACUUGUGAUUUUAAAAAGAAUUAAAACACAGAACAGCAAUUAGAAACAAAGUCCAGAGUCUCCCACGCUUUGGUAUUAUGGUCCCAUUGAUGCUUUAUUUCAGCCCUUCUCCACAAGAGCAAGUGCAGUAUGUGGCUGUAAAGCCAGCAAGAUGCUUUGUGCUAAUGCAAUUCAGAAUGAUUUGGACCUGCAUGUAAGCAAAUACCUUUAGUGCCACCUAUAAAAUUUUAGGGGCAAGAGAAAAAACAGCACCCAGUGACAGAUUACCAGAAAUAGGUGGUGCAAAUUCUUGCUAAGCAGUGCAUGCUGAGGACUUCAGUACGCACCUGGUUUAUAGGAGCCGAAUGACAAGCACAGCAGCUGUUCUUACUGCCCUUCCCUUUCCACGCUCAGCCCAACACUUCUUGCGUCAGCUUUCAGGCUUACAUGACUCUGACCUCAGUUGUUUAUUCACAUUCUGAAGGUUUUCAAAUUUUUCUUCAUUUUGUGAAGUUGCCUAGUUGGAAGGUUUUUGCUCUUGGGUAUUUUGCACAGAGAGUAAUGUAGCACCACAGACCACAUGUAGUCAUUUCCCCAUGUCCUGAUGGAAGGGCACGGCCCAUCAGCAGAGCACUGAAUGUGGUGAUGCAGGGGCACCUGAAGCAUUUCUUUGUCUCGGGUGAAAAUUUUGGGAGGUCAGUAUAACAGAUAUCAGAUAAUUUUGUAAGCUGCAUUUCCUCUUCUCAUAAGUUUUAUUUCUAGGCCAUAUUUAUUCUUCAUAAAAAAAACCCAAAAUGAGACAACUUGUGGUUGAUUAAAGGUAUAAACAAUUGUUUGUUGUCUGCCUUUGAAUAGCAGGGCAUUCCCAUAUAUACCUCACUAUUUUGGAAUAAAUUGCAACUACCAACUGCUUGCAUUUUCACCAACACACCCGCCAGCUUCUGUGCUGUCCUAACUCUCCACACUUAAACGGUUCCAUUUCCUGGGAACAAGAUGCAAGCAGGGACCCCCCUUCCCAUUAAACAAGACUCAGGUGGGAUGUUGAACAUGACCUGCCUGGGCUCAAGGAGGGGAGUUUUGCUGUGGACUUCAAUGUAGACAGACUAAGUCAGUGCUGAAAAUCUCCAUGUAAACAAUUUAUUUGGUGGGACACGGCCCUGGGCCAGACAUUUCAAUUCAAAUACUGACUGUAUUUUUGGAAUAACAGAGCAUUUUUUAAAGCCAUAGCAGUAGGAGCAGUACUAGUUUUCAUUAACCAAUGUUUAACCUGGUGGUCAUUGACCCCAGUGGAGAAGGAUAGCUAUAAAUCAGUUUAAUCCACAAGUUCCUUUUGCCCAUGAGCUUCUAUUCCCUGUGUGUGUUGUGCUCUCACACUCCCUGCAAAAAUAAAGCACCCCUUCUCAUGACACCAGAUCCUACAUACCUAAAAUUAGUGCUGGUCAGCAUCCACCCACUGUCUUUUUAAACAAGCUGUUACCACUCUGACUGGCGAUGAGAAGCUUCAGAUCUCUCUUGGCUCAGCUCAGAGUAUUUCCCCGUUUGUCUAUCAAUCAGGCUUACAUCUCUUCUUUUGUUGGGAGAGGUAGUUCUGGGUGUGUUUGGGCAGACCCAGGACUGAUUACAGGAGAUAAUUUUGAAAUGCAAAUAAGACAACUUGAAAACUCAGUACUGCUGCAGUCAUCCUAGCAGCACUGGUCUAGACAAUGAGAGAAAGAAAGCAUUGAAAAGGGGAGGAGUCUGAUGGGGAGCAACUGUAACAAAAACACUUCUGGGAGCAAAAGUGACCAAAUCCAAGAACUUCAAUUUGUGAAGUAGGUCAGUGUUUAUGUUCCUCUCUCUAGAGGGAGCCAUCAGAUAAACGUUAGGAAAAAUGAUGUAUUCUUGUAAAAGAAACUUGUUCUCUCUCAAGACAAAAGCUGAUGCACAGCCUUACAAAGAGACAUGGUGUCAGCAUGGCUAAAGGUCUCCAGCAGGCCAGAUUUUCAGCCUGCCGCUGUGAGAAACAACUCAAACCUUUGCUGUGCCAGCAGAGACAGGGGUAUGUCACAGAUAAAAACACUGUCAAAACAGAGGAAGAAUGGUAAAAGCUGCACUGGUGCAAACUUAAGGGAGGGAGCUCCCAGGAAGUGGCAUUUUCCUUGAUGAUUAAAAAUCAUCUUGAGCAUCUCCCCCUUUAAUUUCCAGUUGAGAAUCCACAAUCCACAGGGAGCCUUGGGGUGAUGCAGAAAAUUGUGCGAUACUUUCACUGCCCAAACAUCCUGCUUCCCUUGGCUGCUCACCUGCUGCCAGGUGGUCGGAGGGAGAAUUUGUCAUGGCAAAGGAAUGACCCUGUGUGCCCAUACACUAGUGGUCAGGUUUAUGCCAUCUCACAGAGCAGGUAGAAGAGUGUCCAGUUAGAACUCAAUAACUCAAAUUCCUCAUUACAAAUCUCAACAGAGAGAAGGAAAAGUAAUAGCCAGAAACUGAUAGAAAUUAAUUUAGUGGGGUUCAAGUAGCACAAUUUAUUCAAUUAUGUUGGAGAUACUGCUUUACAUAAUGGGACAGAACUAUAAAGUAUUAUACUAAGCAGAAAAGAUGGUCAAACUGCUGAGCAGUAUUCCUAGAAAACACUGACUUGAACAAAAGCCAGUAGAAGAAUUUUAUGUUAAAAAAGCCUUAUGCCAAAAGACAAUGAAGCCCACAAGAUGCUGGUCAAUAUGGUGAAGUUAACUUACCAAUUAGUGAGUCAGAAGCAAUGCUCAGCCGUUGGAACACUAAACCAUACUUGAAACUAGUGGUAACAACAAAGAUGAAUCAAGUUUAUGUAACUAAUUUUUUUUCUGAAACUUUCUGGAUUACUUGGUGUUGACAACCCCACCAAGUUUUCUUGGAAGAGGACAAAGUAGAGGUGUUAAUGAUGUGUCUUUCACAUCUGAGGGAAGCCCUGACCUGUUAUAAAAUGCUUGGUUUUGGUUAGUAUCUGCAGAGGUGUUGAAUUCAGUGAACUGGGAUGAACAAAUUGUGUAAAGAAGCCUGCAAAGUACAAAGAUGAUAAAACUUAUAAUAAAUUCAGAUUAUUUAAUGUAUAGGGAACAAGUAUCUGGAGAGAGGUAAAACCUCUAUCUUCAUAAGGUCUGACACAUCUUCUGCACCGUAUCAAUAGUGAUGUGUAAGACUCUUCCCCAUCAUUUUAAUGUUGAAGUACUUACACAUUUAAUGCAUUUCUUACAGCACUACUUGAGGUAGAAAAAUACUAUUGAGCAAUUAAACCAAAGAACAAGAAAUUGAAGUCAGAUCUUCACAGACUCAAUCUGCUAUCCCAUCACUAGAACAACUUUUCUCAUGGCUUCUGGAUCCACACCAGGGCUGCUGGUCAGCUUACAAUGCUGAGACAGGGGAUGGCUCAGCUUUGUACAGUUCUGAUGAAUAUUCAUUUCUACACUACUGGCUCUUUUUGUAUGCUGAUAACAUUCUCUCUUGGCAUCUCUUAUUGCAAAGACUUUGCCAGUAAACUGUGCUCUCUUGUUUACAUUUUGUUUGUUUUGAGUUCAAUGUCCCCACAUGGUACCAAUUUCAAGGCCUUUGAACUCAACCUCUUUCUGUUCUUAGCAGCACAAUGCUGUCCUGAAGCACAGAAAAUUUCAGUGAUGGCUGAAGACUGGUCACAAGGGAAAAAUCCCCCAAACUGGGAAAAGUCACAUGUGACCAUACAGAAUUAAUCUCAAACUUAAAUUCCAGAACUUCAGGUUAUUGUCAACCUAGGGACCACUUUUUUCUUCUGAGGAGCAAAUAAUUCCUGCCAAAUUUCACAUGCAAUUUUGAAGAGAAAAAUCUGUUUCUUCCUCAAUAUUACACAAGAGGUCAAUGCUGAAGGGAUUUAGCACAUUAAUCCAGCCUGAAAAAAGGAUCAAGUUUGUUGUUACUGUUGCAUACUAUCAUCACAUUUAGAAAUAAAGUCUCCUAAAUCCUAAUUGAAAACAUGCCAUGUGCUCAAGGUGGUCUCCUGGAAAGGACAUGUCCCUGUAAAACCACACAUUGUAGACCUACUUCCUGUGUGCUACAAAACAGAAUUUCAGUUGUUACCCAAAUCCUACUGGGAACAAUGAGGACAUAUAUAUGUAGCACUUGCUAAUUUGUUAGUACCCCUAGUAUUUUAGAUUUAAAGAAAGAGACAUAUUUUAAUUUUUUUAAAAACAAUUUUAGAAAAAAUUCCUAACCCAUGCAGUAGACAUGGACAUUAAGCGGACUUUGAAUUACAGAAUGGUUGAGGUUGGCAGGGACUUCUGGUCCAACCUCUCAUGCUCAAGCAGGGACACCUAGAAACAGUUGCCCAGGACCAAGUCCAGUCAGCUUUUGAAGACCUUCAAUGAUGGAGACUCCACAACCUCUCUGGGCAACCUGUUCCACUGCUCGGUCACCCUCACAGUGGAAAAGUGUUUUCUGAUGUUCACAGGGAAUCUCCUGUGUUUC